UAAAAAUCCAGACGGAAGAGAUCCACAGUAUUUGCUUAUUCAGAUAACUCCAACGUCGGAUUUUAUUUAUUCAACACUUAUUCCCCAGCGGACUAUUUGUUGUGAGCAGUCUGAUAAUUUUGUAUUACUAGUUGAAAUAAAAUUUAAUAUUACUUAUAAAAUUUAUAUUUUAAACAUGAAUUUCUACUAUAGGAAACUGAUGGGCAAUGGGACCAUAGCCAGUAAGUUUAGGUUGGAAAAUAAUAUACAACCGCCUAUAAUUCAACUGAAUCAGUCCAAUUUAAGAAAUCCAAUUCAUUCACAUAUUACUUCUACUACUACUUUACCAAUAGGAUCGGGUUAUAUCUCCACAGUUGCUCCACAAUCUUCAGCAUCCACUUUAACAUCAACAUCGACACCAACUUCAACUUCAGGAUCAACUUCAGGAUCAACUUCAAUAUCAAAUUCAAUAGAUUCUUCUAUUCCAACUAAUAAUGGUCAUACCACAGGUUCAUACCAUACUCUUGAUGAGAAAGAACAACUGAUAAUAACUGGAGCCUUAAUGACUAAUAAGAGAAGUUUUAUAAAAUCAACAGAAAAUGAUGAUCAAAAAAAUCAACCGGUAGAAUUUCCUGAUACUCAUCAUCCUAAUAAUUGUAAUCGAUGCUAUAGAUUGAAAAAGAAGUGUUCUAGAGAAUAUCCUAAAUGUUCAAAUUGUAGUAGAACAGGUAAUGAAUGUGAAUAUAUCCAUAGAAGUAAUAAAAGGAGAAAGAGAAUACCUGGAUCUAAGAACAUCAAAUAUUUAGGUGAAAAUACAGAUGCUAAUGUUGUAUCGAAAACUGAUAUUGAUGUAGUAUCAGAUGGUAAAUCUUCUGAUGAAGUAAUUUCUGAGAAAAUUUCUGAACAGAAACCAAUAGUAUUGAAAGAAAGUAAUGAAAUAUCUAAACAAGUUCAUAAAUUAGUUUCAGUAUCAUCAUUAUUAUCUACAGAAGAAGAAGAAGUAUCGGUUAGUCCUUCCAGUACCACCACCGCAAUUACUCCAUCUUCUUCAAUUUCUUCAAAUACAAUCACUUCCACUAGAGAACCACGACCCAAGAAAGUACCUUCUGCAGCUUUAUCAUCAUCUGCUCGUAGAGCAAAGGAAGCUGAUGAUAUUCCUGAGCAUGAAAAAUUAAUUCGAAGAUUAUGGACUACAAGUAAUACUAAUUUGAAAGAAGAAUUUAUUACCAUGAAAUCUAUAUCUGAUCCAGAACUUCCAUUGAAAUUUGUUCGUAACUAUUUCGAUAACUUUUCUCAUAAAUAUCCUUUUAUUGAUAAAAUGACAUUUUUAUCUACAUUUAAUAAUAUUGACUUUACAAAGGAAUCAAUAAUUAAUUUAGAUACUUAUUUAUUAAUGGCAAGUGGAUGUCUAAUUGCUGAUUCUACCAAUAAAGAUAAACGACAUUUUCAAGAUUAUUUUAAUGAAAAGAAUAUAGCAUCAAUCAUUGAUGUUUUAAAUUUGAACAUAUCAUAUAAUGAUAGAGAUGAAAUAGUUGAAAGUUUGAAAUUAUUAUUAUUAUUAACUGUCUAUAGUUUAACUUCGUUAAAUUAUGCCUUUUCUUGGUCUUUAAUAGGUAUACUUGACAGAUUAAUUGUUCAUCUCGAUUUAUAUAAGAAAUCAGAUAACGUUUCAGAUCAAAGAAUUUUCUGGUCCAUAUAUAAUUUGGAUAAAGAAUUAAGUUUAUUAGCAGGAAAACCUAGUCAAAUUCCUAUAAAUGAUUUUAUACAGGUUGAAUUCCCAUUAACUAAAACCCUUUAUGAAGAUGAAAAUUUACAACUAAUAAAUCAGGAGAUUAAACUUUCUCAUAUAAGAGAUACUUUAUUAUAUUUAAAAUUAUCAGGUAAGAAAAAUCAUGAUUUAAAAAGUAUUUCUAGUGAACUUGAGCAAUGGAGAAUUGAUACAAGUUCUGCUAUACAUCAAGGAUAUUCUCAAGCACCAAAUAUGCCAGAAUUUAUUUCAAUUACUAAUUUGAAUUAUUAUUAUUUAUUAGUAGAACUUGAUCAACUUUCAUUAUGUGAAUCAUUUCAAUUUACAUUACAAUUUAUUUCUAAUUCAUUCCAUUUAUUUGUGUCAGAAGCUAAACAUAAUGAUAAGAAACAAAGUUCUGAAUUAAGUUUGAAUGCAUAUUUAAUGUGGCAUAUUCAACUUAGUAAAGUUAUUCAGUAUAAUUUAAAUUCCUUAUUGGAUAUCUUUAAAGAUAAUCAAAUAUCAACUAUUCAAAUAAGUGUAAAAUUAAGUGAAGUAAACAGUAAUUUACAAGUCAUUAUAAACUUACUUAAUUAUCUUCAAGAAUUUAACAAUGUAAAUCAAGAAGCUCCUACUAGUUCCAAUGAUGAACAACAAAAGAAGAUUGAUAUUAAUACUGAACAUCUUCAAAGUAUACAUAAGAAAUUAAUUACAUUUAAUGUGAUGACCAGUAAUUUAACUAACCGAUUAGAGCUUGCUCAAGAAAUUGGAACUGUGGUUGAACAGAUACGAACUAUAUAGGGAGAUAGGGAGAUAAUUGUGGUGUAUAUGUAUUAUAUAUUAAACAAUCGCUGUAACAUUUAAUAUAAGGA